UAACCUGAUCUGGUAAAGCGAGACGCCAAAAGGAAGCGAAGGCAUCGAGUCGCGCGCUCUUUGGAAUCGUUGAGAAAAGAGGAAGCCAAUUUGAGAAAAUGGGAGAACGUUACAACAUCCACAGUCAAUUGGAACAUCUGCAGUCGAAAUACAUUGGCACAGGACACGCCGACACGACCAAGUUCGAGUGGCUCGUCAAUCAGCAUCGUGAUUCCUGCAGCUCUUACAUGGGCCAUUAUGACUUGCUGAACUUCUUUGCGAUCGCCGAGAACGAGGCCAAAGCGCGAGUCAGGUUCAAUCUCAUGGAAAAGAUGUUGCAACCUUGCGGACCGCCACCUGAGAAGCCGGAAGAUUAAAUCGCUCCCCCUACCUCACUGUAUAUUCGUUUCAGUGUGAUAAAAACAAAAACUCGAACGAAAAUCAAGGAGUCAAAAUGCCUGCUUCGUGCUCCACAAAUUGCGGAAGAGACGCUAUUUUAAAA